CCUCCUGUCCCAUCUGGGAAUUGAUCCAUCUGAUCAUUUUAUUUCUUGUCACUGUUUGGUUUAAGCAAACAGAGUUCUGUCACGGUCAACAUUUUGGCCUGUUCUUCAGGAAGUGGGCAGUUUUGAGGGAUUUCCUGUUUGCUUUCAGUUUUAAGACUGAUGGAUCACGCAGAGAGAGUUUUUCCAGAUUCAGGAAUCAUGACCGAGGGCCCGGGGACAGUAGAUGACUACAGUGACUACUAUAACUUGGUAGAAUCAGAUUCAUCUUACAGUGAUGGCAGCACAAGGGUCUUCGCUGGGGUUGUCCUGGCCGUCCUGUACAGCACAGUUUUCAUCGUUGGUUUGCUGGGAAACGCUGUGGUCCUGUGUGUGCUGAUCAGACACCGUCACAGAUGCAGUCUGACAGACGUGUGUCUCCUCAGUCUGGCCGUGUCUGACCUGCUCUUUCUCGCCUCGCUCCCUGUUUGGGCUCACAGUGCGGUGCAAGGAUGGGUUCUUGGCUCAUUCAUGUGUCACAUCAUAACCGCUCUCUUCAUGAUGGGUCUGUACAGCAGCGUCUUCUUCAUGGUCCUCAUGACACUGGAUCGCUACGUCAUCAUCGUCUACAAACACAGCAUCUGUUCCAGAAAAUGGCCUGCAAAAAUGGCUCUGAGCUUAUUUGUAUGGAUGCUCAGCCUGUUUGCGUCCCUCCCUGAUAUUGUUUUUGCCAAAGUGAAAGUGGACACGAGCACCAAAGAAUCCUGCGGAUCUGAAUAUCCUGAAGGUGCAGCCUGGAUGUCGUUUACGUACCUGAACACCCUGAGCUUGAUUCUGCCUCUGAUCAUCAUGAGCUUCUGCUUUUGCCGGAUCCUCAGCAGUAAAUCAGAAGAAAAGCACAGGAUCAUCAGACUCCUCCUGACUGUGCUGGCCUUUUAUUUCCUCUUCUGGACUCCAUACAACAUCAUCACGUUCCUCAGGUUCCUGCAGACGGAGGGCUUCAUGCUUUCUCGUGAGUGGUCUAAUGAUCUGAGUCUUGCCAAGCAGUGGGUGGAAGCGAUCGCAUUAAGCCACUGCUGCCUCAAUCCCAUCAUCUACACCUGUGUGGGACAGAAGUUCAGAAGAGCAGUGCUCACGGUCCUGAAGAACCCUCCACAGUCACCUGAGAGCGCAUCUUCGGAGUAUUCCUCCACACUGAUCACAUAGAGACCCUGUCCUCCAGAGAGAGACGCGUACUCUUUCAGAAGCAGAAGUUCAGUCUCUUAUAUAUUGCAUGCCCAUCGCUCAUAUUUUAGAUUUGCAAAUGAUACACAUAAUAGUUCUGAAGGGAAUGAUUUCAUCAGCAUUUUUAAAUAAACUCAAAGUGUUUGAAAAUGUUGAAAAAAUUGUUUUGAAGAAAUACAUUUAGCCUAUAUUCUGAAUGUUGCUUUUAAGAUUUUUAUUGUAAAGCUGCUUUUAAUCAAAUGAGUCAUUAAAAAGCCAUUGUCCUGGUGAUUUUACACUCUCAGAAGAAGUAAAGCUUAGAGAAGCUCUCACUGGGAGGAUAACAGAAAAUCCAUCCUUUUAAAUGUAGAUAUUACUAUGUUUGUACCUUGGUUUUAUGUUCAGAUUAAUAUGCAGGGGAAAAACAACUCUUCCUCUGUUACAUUACCUCAAAACUAUUGGUAGAUUUAAAAACCCUUGAGAUUUUAUAUAACAACAUCAUAUGAACACAUUGUCCUUUCCGCCUUAUUUUGACAUUUUCACUUGCAGUCAUUUGUAACUAGUGCGUUCGAGGCUUCUGGUGUCAUUCACUUCUAGUUAUUUUAGAUGUAAAAAACAGUAUGUUAUGCUGCUUGAUAUUGAAAACUGGUAUUUGUUAUCAGAUUAUUUCAACGGUUAUAUUAUGUGAUAUAAUCAUAGCACUGGUUUGUGGCUCAAAUAGUUUCAUUUUCUUCUACACUAUGGGAUAUCUUUUACUGAUGGUAAUGAUUGGGAAGUCUCGCACAAUCACAGGAAACAGCUUUACUUCUGCCUCAGGUCACAGAAGUCAGUUAAUUCUCAGCACAUAGAGACUCUUUCACCUAGAUAUCACACUAUAGAGACUGUGUCUGUUCCACAAACUAGAAAAUACAAAAAAAAAAGUCCAAACCAAGUUAAGGUUAAUAAUUUAAUUGAGGUUCAACAAAUAAAAAACAGAAGCAAUAUGGAUAAACAAAUGAUAAAGAUUGGCUUAUUGAAUAUCAGAUCCCUUUCUACGAAAACUCUUUUUGUAAAUAAUAUGAUAACUGAUCAUAAUCUAGAUGUGCUCUGUUUGACAGAAACCUGGCUAAAACCUGAUGAUUACAUUAUUUUAAAUGAGUCCACCCCCCAAGAUUACUGUUAUAAACACGAGCCGCGUCUAAAAGGCAAAGGGGGAGGAGUUGCUUCAAUUUAUAACAACGUUUUCAGGAUUUCUCAGAGGGC